AUGACUGCUGAAAUAGCUUCACUUACAAGUCAAGCUCUUACACAAGUAAUAUCUUCCUAUUAUUCCCAACGAUGUAACUACCGUAGCGCUGCCCCCUAUCUUGACUACAACAGUAUCAUCAACAACAACAACAGUGUCAUCAACAACAACAUCAGCAUCAUCAACAACAACAGUAUCCUCAACAACAACAGCAUCAUCAACAACAACAUCAGUAUCAUCAACAACAACAACGGUAUCAACAACAACAACAACGAUAGUAUCAACAUCAACAACAACGGUAUCAUCAACAACAACAACAGUGUCCUCAUCGACAACGACAGCAUCAUCGACAACAACAACAGUAUCAUCAACAACAACAGCAUCAACAACAACAGUAUCAUCGACAACAACAACAACAACAACAACAACAACAACAACAUCAUCAACCACAACAACAGUGUCCUCAACAUCAUCAUCAACAACAACAGUAUCAUCGACAACAACAACAACAACAACAACAACAUCAUCAUCAACCACAACAACAGUGUCCUCAACAUUAUCAUCAACAACAACAUCAUCAACAACAACAGUCAUCAACAACAACAUCAUCAUCCACAACAACAGUGUCCUCAACAACAACAUCAUCAUCAACAACAACAUCAUCAUCCACAACAACAGUGUCCUCAACAACAUCAUCAUCAACAACAUCGUCAACAACAACAGUAUCAUCAACAACAACAUCAACAUCAUCAACGACAUCAUCAACAACAACAACAACAACAACAACAACAACAACAUCAACAACAACAACAGUGUCCUCAACAACAACAUCAUCAACAACAACAACAGUAUCAUCAACAUCAUCAUCAACAACAUCAUCAACGACAACAGUAUCAACAACAACAACAGCAUCAUCAACCACAUCAUCAACGACAACAUCAACAACAUCAACAUCAACAACAACGGUAUCAUCAACAACAACAGUAUCAUCAACAACAACGGUAUCAUCAACAACAACUACAAGUGUAACAACAACAACAACAACAACAACUCAAUCUCUGACGGAUCAGUUAACAGCCUUAGUCAAUGAUAUUAAUACUCUUACGACUGCCACGAAUAACA